UUCUCCGUCAUCAACCGCCAUUUAAAGGUCUUUCUCUCUCUCUCUCGGACUACCACCAUACUCUGUUCCAGCACUGUCUCUGACCUUUAUAUCAUCCUCAUCAUCCACCAUCCUCUCACCCAGGACGUGAUAUCUGAACCAUGGCCGCCAACUUUCGCAUCGCCAUGCCUCCUCCUCAACCCUCCCACGCCAUCAAGUCUAGCUCUCGCCGCACACCGCUCACUCCCUCGACCAUCACACCGCCAUCAGUCAGCGCCCACACGCCCUCUGCGACGAGACACGAGCUCGGCAGUCCCACGAGGGCAGAGGCCCUUCUCGCAAAGGUUGCUCAACACCCUACCUACCGCCCCCGGCCGUCACCGCCCAGCAGUCCGGUAGCCUCCACGGCCGCCGGAGAGCGUCAACCGGUAGUUACUCGUGCCUACUCGGCCGACCAGUGGCAGCAACUUCACCAGCAACAUGCCCAGCUCCAGCGAUCGUAUUCUUCGCACCCGCGUCAAGACGGCUACAUCAGCUUUCCCGACUUUGAAAAGUACUGCGGCUACGACAAUAGCGCCGUCGCCUAUGAGCGUCGCCAAGAGCGAUCUAGUGUUUCUGGAUAAGUGCAAGGGAAAAUCCUCCGAGGCGCCGCACACACACACACACAUACACACACGUUGUGCAUGCAUGCUGCCAAUGCACCGGAUUUGAUCCCCCAUGAUGACUUGACGAAUCAAAACACACAAAACAAGUAUUAGAAUUAAACACCCGACGA